ACUUCAUUGGUUAUCACUUUUAUGAUACCGGUUCAUUGGUUGCAGGUUUUUCCGGGUUCGAUAACUUUGAAAUCUGACGCGCGACAGGGCGAUGUCAGGUGAAAACUGCUACAAACAUAUGAGAAUUGUAAAUCUUGAUUGAUUUACAAACUGAGAAGAGAUAACAUGUUCAAACAUUCAGUUAUCUGAACUCUGAAAUGAAGGCUGUAGAGGAUUCACAAGGCACACAAGAAAUACAACCCUCAGCUCAGGUGUCACAUGAAUCUGAAAUUGACCAACCAAAUAACACGACUGCUGAGGCUCCUGUAGCAGAUUCAGGUUCAAUACCCAUUUCAAGCACUGAUAGUAAGAAGGUUUCUCGUGAAGAUAUUGAACUGGUCCAGAAUUUGAUUGAACGUUGCUUACAGUUGUAUAUGAAUAAAGAUGAAGUUGUAAAAACCCUCUUAAAUCGAGCAAGAAUAGAGCCUGGGUUUACGACUUUGGUGUGGCAGAAACUGGAAGAAGAAAAUGCUGACUUUUUCAAGGCAUAUCAUGUAAGGCUAAAGCUGAAAAAACAGAUCAUUUUAUUCAAUCGUUUACUUGACCAUCAGUGUAGCCUGAUAAAGUACCCUGUACCCCCAAAUCUCCCACUUGCUCCACUUCAAAAUGGAAUCCACCCAAUGCCUGUUAACAAUUUACCUAUGGGCUAUCCCAUCCUGCAGCAGCCUCAAAUUUCACCUCCAGGUCAGCCCCAUAAUGAUUCCAUUGGCUGUGGCAUAUCCAGCUGUCAUGUGGUAAAUGGAGUCCCAGCACCAGGCAAUUUCCAGCCCAUUCGGAUGAAUUCUGGGAAUGAUACCAUGAUGGACAACAACACGGCUAAUGUGGGACCACUUAUGCCCCCAAGCAGUGUCAUGUCAUCCAUGUCGGAGAUGGCUUCGAGUCCUGCAUCAGCAACUAGUGGCCACUUCCCCUUUACCCCCUCAGAUAUAUCAGGAAUAGUAGACACAGCAGCACUGGACACAGAAUUUACAUCUGAUGUUGCAACUUCGAUGGGGAUGCAACUAGGAGCAGAUAGUAGCUCUGUAAAUUCUAGAGACCCCCUUGGAUCAUUGGCUCAGAUUCCCUGGAAUUUCAGCCUCUCAGAUCUUACAGCUGAUUUGUCCAACUUAGGAGAUCUCGGAGCUCUUGGUAACUAUCCUGGUUCUCCCUUCCUGCCAUCUGAUUCAGAUAUUCUGCUCGACUCCCCAGAACAUGAUGACAUAGUCGACGAGUUCUUCGUUGAUUCUGCCCCUGGCCCACGUUCCCAAUCUGAUAAAGAAGAGAAAUCUAACUGAGGUGAGGUGCUUUUUUCUUCUGAAAUUACACGAUAGGAUUGUGUUGUAAAAACAAAGAACUGGCCCAUUAAUCAAAAGAUGUUUGGUGUAAAGAGAAUAAAAUUUAGCCUCCGAUGUGGAUGAGUACGAAUUUGAACAUUUUGAGCAGGUUGUGUAUUUGUUUUCAAGUGUACACUAGCUGGUCGAUGGGAAACAUGGUCAUUACUACUGGUAGACUUCCAGUGAAUUUUUUAUUA